GUAUAGUUUGUAUAAAAAACAGACCACAAACGGUUUGUUCAGUAAACAUUUUAUUUAUUAUACACAUCGAAAAUAAAUUUGUGGUAUUAGAAAGGAUGAAAUCAUUAGAAAACACAUUCGUUCGUGGUCCAUCUCCUUCAUAUUCAGACGAGGUCAACUCGGAAAAUGUUAUAUCAGCUACUCUACCAAUUGGUUCUUUGCAUCAAAUGGAAAGGGAGGCAGUAAACCCACGGGACAACCAUGACUUCUAUAAUUGUCAUAGCCAACAACUGCAGCAGCAAGAACAACAACAUCAUUACGAAGACGCCACUAAGCCUGUUAAACAAGGUCGCAAUACUUUUGCAUUUUGGACUAUUGUCAUCAUUCUCUUAGUCCUGACGGUGGGUAAUUUGCUGUUGACUUUAACGAUUAUAGGAGUUUUGCAUUUGGGCAAAGGAAUUCAUGGCAUGGAAUUGAUACCCGAAGAAGAUGUGGUAAAAUUCUAUGGUGACACGGAUCUAGAUCGCAUAUUCUCAAAAAACAUUGGACAAUUUGAGGGGUUUGCCGAUGAACCAGUUACCAUAACCGGUGAUGAUGGACCCGUCUAUGUGCGUAUGCAUCAUCGCAACAGUCAAAGUGUCAAUCGAAUGGUCAUGGAUAAGAUGGGUGUACAAUUUCGUGGAGUGAAUAGCUUCGAGAUUAAAGAUCCCACUAAUGGUGAUUCGAUUUUUACCACACACCGUCCACAUUACAACAUACCAAAUGGUGCCGAGACAUUACUGUCUAAAACUAAUAGCGCCAGUCGUAUUGUUAGUCCCAUUGAUAAACCAUUAACUCUAUCAUCCUCGGAUAAUCGUAUAUUUGUAAAAGGUUCUGAGGGUAUUCAUAUGGAUGCAGCAAAUGUCUACAUGCAAGCUGAAAAUAAUAUUCAAAUCAAUUCGACCCAAGGCGGUAUUUACCUUGAAGGAGGCUCAGCCGGAAUUUAUCUAGAUAUUAGUAAAAUACCUAUAGUUAAUUCUGAAUUGGGUCUACGCACGGGAAGUGUACAAUACAAAUUGUGUGUUUGUAUGCCACAAGGUAUUGUUUUUCGUAUCGCCAUACCACGUGUUCAUAAUGGCUCUAAAGUGUCUUGUGCCCAUUUUAGUGGAAAACAUGAUCCAUGUACAGUUAACUAAAUUUGUGUUAGGUUUAAGAAAAGUCUGUAUCAGAAAUACAUAAAAAUAAUAAUCUUUAAAUAUAUGUAUGUAUAUGUAUGUCAUAUACAUGGAUAUAGAAUAUAUACAAUACAAUAAAUAUUAAUAAAAAUAUGAAUCGA